UGACUGGACUGAAAUUCAAUCAAGAGAGAUUCCGUGAUGCUCUGGCCCAUAAGGUCACGGUUAAGACGCAGAGGCUCAGGAUAUUACAGGUGGAUCCUAUGGACAACGCCGUCAUCUUCUGCAUCGAGGAAGGUGAUCAGCCUGGCUUCCCGUCUUCGCAGGUUGCCAACACCUUGAGGAGGCUGUUUGCAGAGGGAGACGUGCAGCUCGCUCUCGAGCCUAUCUUCGCUUUCUCCAUUCAGAUCGGCCUGGAGGAUCCGAUCAUCCACCCGUCAGCAAGCCCGCACCUAGAGGAAGCGAUCGGACUAGACGCACAUCUGGUGCAGUCAACCACGAAGCCACCAGUGGCUGCACAAGGCGCAGCACCCACGGCUGCCGCUGGUCCCUUUGGUUCGACAUCAGGGGCUUUCGGUUCGACAUCCGGAGGCUUCGGAGGGUCUACAGCCUCCACUUUCGGGUCGUCGACCUUCGGCGCUUCAACUUCGGGAGGUUUCGGAGCGUCAACGUUCGGCCAGACUGGAGGAGCAUUCGGCUCCACAGGAGGGGUCGGGGGAUUCGGCUCCUCCUCCAGCUUUGGGACGGCAGGCGCAACAGCAGGGGCCUCAACAGGAGGAGGGUUCGGGUUUGGGGGCAGCACCUUGGGGGGGGCAACAGGAGGAGGCUUCGGGGCUGCCGGUCAGAGCACAGGAGCGGGCUUCGGGGGCUUCGGGGGUCUCGGCGCCUCAACCUUCGGAACUGGAGCUGGAUUCGGCGCGACGCCUACAGCGUUUUCAAGCAGCAAGAAGAAAGGUACCGGGAGAAAAUAGGCCCAACUUGGAUCCUUUUCCUUCAGUCUUCUCAUGUUGUCCGCAUGUUGGCAUUCUUGCUAAAAAGAAGAUGGCAUGUUGU